AUGGAUGAUGCUCCCAAAGAAUUAGAUCCUAUAAAAAGAACAUAUGAUACAAAUCGAACCUCACCACUUAAUGAUAUGAAUUAUGAUUUUCGCUUUUCAAAGAUUCAUUCUAAAACAUCAAAGUUAUUAAUCAAAGGAUUGUAUCCGUAUUAUUUUCAUGGAGAUGUAACGCCGGAAAAAGGUGAUAUUACAAUGAUAACGUCUAUCAAUAAACAUGGACUAGAAGAUUUAAUUAGACUUGUUGACAUUUGGCAAGGUCCAAUUUCUGCUGUUUUACAUUUACCAACAUUAACGUAUAAUGACCAAGAUCCAGAAAUUGCUGCCGCAUUAAAAAACAUUCGAGACAUUUGUAAUAAAAAUAAAAACAUAAAGAAAUUCGUUGAUAUUCAUCUAAUGACAGGGCCGGUAACUGUCAAAAAGCAAUCAUUACAAUCUAAACCAAACAAUUUUCAUUUAAAUUAUGCAAGGUUUUUCUCAAGAUCAGAUUAUGUAUUUUUUCUUGAAAAAGAUGUUUGGCCAAUGAAAAAUACACGCGAGAUAAUCAAAUCAUAUAACAAACUAUUAUCUAAUAACGAGGUUUUAAUCAUACCAACAUUCAAGUUCACCGAGAAUUCAACAGAUCACCACUUCCCAACCACAAAAAAAGAUUUGGUCAAACACGUUAGCAAACAUUUGAUGGGAUUGAAAGAUAAUGGUUGGUCAUUAAACGAGGGUCCAACUAACUACAAAAGUUGGGUCAAAGGUGAUUUGUACAACAUUACAAACCAUUAUGAUAUUUAUUACCAACCAAAUUUUGUUAUAAAUAAACAAACUACAAUUCCAUGGUGUAGUGAACGUUUUGAUAUUUUUGAGUUUGGUAAAGCGGCAUGUUUAUUACAAAUAUAUUUAAGCGGAUCAGGAUUAUAUGUUCUUCCUGACACAUAUUUGAUUUAUUAUCAAUAUAAUAAAGCUUCAUAUUUAUUACAACAAGACGAAAAAACAUUCGAGAAAAUGAUAAAAAACAGAAUGUAUUUUAAUUUUUAUCGUGAAACUUGCAUUAAUUAUGCACGCUCAAUAGAUUCUUUAGGUCAAUGGAAUUCACCUAAAGCGAACAAUAUUAGAAAACAUUGUAAAAGAAUCGUGAUGAAUUGGGGGAAAGGUUUAAUAGAGAAAAUUUAA